UGCCUGUCCUGGCCCUGCUUUUUAUUUUGUGUUUUGCCCUCUCUCAUCUCUAGCCGUCCGGUGCCCCGUCUGACAAUGAUCCUCUUGGUCCCCUUCCUCCUGGCUGGGAAAAGAGACAGGACAACGCGCGGGUGUAUUACGUGAACCACAACACACGGACCACGCAGUGGGAAGACCCUCGCACACAGGGGAUGAUCCAGGAGCCACCCCUGCCUCCUGGCUGGGAGAUGAAGUACACCAAUGAGGGCGUGCGCUACUUUGUGGACCACAAUACACGCACCACCACCUUCAAGGACCCGCGGCCAGGAUUUGAGUCUGGGAGCAAGCAGGGUGGAUCACCAGGUGCGUAUGACCGGAGCUUUCGCUGGAAGUACCACCAGUUCCGCUUCCUUUGCCACUCAAAUGCCUUGCCCAGCCACGUGAAGAUCAGUGUUUCCCGACAGACUCUCUUUGAGGACUCCUUCCAGCAGAUCAUGAACAUGAAGCCCUAUGACCUGCGACGCCGCCUCUACAUCAUCAUGCGUGGUGAGGAGGGCCUGGACUACGGCGGCAUCGCCAGGGAGUGGUUCUUCCUCCUGUCCCACGAGGUGCUCAACCCCAUGUACUGCCUCUUUGAGUAUGCCGGCAAGAACAACUACUGCCUGCAGAUCAACCCCGCCUCCUCCAUCAACCCCGACCAUCUCACAUACUUCCGCUUCAUUGGCCGUUUCAUUGCCAUGGCUCUGUACCACGGGAAAUUCAUUGACACCGGCUUCACGCUGCCCUUCUACAAGCGGAUGCUGAACAAGCGGCCCACUCUGAAGGACCUGGAAUCCAUUGAUCCAGAAUUCUACAACUCCAUCAUCUGGACCAAGGAGAACAGCCUGGAGGAGUGUGGCCUGGAGCUCUACUUCAUCCAGGACAUGGAGAUCUUGGGCAAGGUGACCACCCAUGAGCUGAAAGAGGGCGGUGAGAGCAUCCGGGUGACAGAGGAGAACAAGGAGGAGUACAUCAUGCUGCUGACGGACUGGAGGUUCACACGGGGUGUGGAGGAGCAAACCAAGGCAUUCCUGGAUGGCUUCAAUGAAGUGGUGCCACUCGAGUGGCUGCGGUACUUUGAUGAGAAGGAGCUGGAGCUGAUGCUGUGCGGCAUGCAGGAGAUUGACAUGAACGACUGGCAGAAGAACACCAUCUACCGGCACUACACCAAGAACAGCAAACAGAUCCAGUGGUUCUGGCAGGUGGUGAAGGAGAUGGACAACGAGAAGAGGAUCCGCCUGCUGCAGUUUGUGACUGGAACGUGCCGCCUGCCUGUUGGGGGCUUCGCGGAGCUCAUUGGCAGCAAUGGGCCUCAGAAAUUCUGCAUCGAUAAAGUUGGCAAAGAGACGUGGCUGCCUCGGAGCCAUACGUGCUUUAACCGCUUGGAUCUGCCUCCCUACAAGAGCUAUGAACAGCUGAAGGAGAAGCUGCUGUAUGCCAUUGAGGAGACGGAAGGCUUUGGCCAGGAGUGACGGAGUCCUGCUGCUCUCCCAGCAGCUCCGGCGGUGCUUGCAGCACUGCUGCCUGUGGGAUGGUGCGGAUGGUGCUGAUUCUGUUCUCUUGUUCCUGUGUGAGGUCUGCACACACAGCCCUGGGAAAGUAUCCAUGUGUUCCUCCCAACCCAAACUGAAGUUGGGAGGGGAAAGUGGGGGCAGAAGCCCAGCCCUGCUCAGCCUGGGGCUGAGGAAGGGCCAAACCCAGCCUUGUGCACACAGUGUGCACCACAGCUCCUGUCCCUUUGCUGGGACACGGGGACAUGGGUGCUGCGUGGGGUUGUGGGCCGCACUCCUUGUCCCAGAGGCUGCUCCAUGUUAGUGAGGUUGUCCCUGCUUGUGGGAAAUCGCUGUGCACUUGGAAAUGGACACAAGCAGCUUCUGACUGAUGCGCUGAAGCCAAGCCCCAGUGUUCUCUGCCGUUUCUUUUGCCCCUCUCCCUGUAGCAGUACUCAGCCCUUCCCCAUGUGGCACAGAGCCACCGAUGGACUCCAGCCCUGACUUAAGGAGCCAGGCUGGGGCUUUUCCCAGGCUUAUUUAAAUAAGAUCUGGUUUAGGUGUAGGCUAUCCCUCCUGUUAUUUUUUCAGCCUUCCUGUGGCGUUUCAGUAGAUACAUUAAGGAUGAGAAGUGGGUCUUGAGCUGACUCAGGUGCUCAUAAAGAUACAAUUGCGUUUGGGCCCUAUCCCGCUCCCAGCACGGCACUUGGGUGCCUGCAGAGGGGGCUGCAAGGUGCAGGCAGGGCUGGGCCUGGCACCAUGUUCCACCUUGCUACAGUGUUUCGAGUUGCCAGUGUGCAGUGCAGCCCUGUGCUGUUUGGUAUUUAAAGCAAGUGCUGGGAGCUGGUGCCCUGCAGCUUGUGCGAGGCUCGACCACCCCCAUCCUGUGCUGUGCCAGGAGUUUCCAGAGCUGUGAUAAGGGCAGGAUCAGGCCCUGCCCAUGCCCCUGCAGUACCCGGGGUGACGGGCCGUGGUGUCCUGGCCGUGGCUCUAGGACAGGGCCCUGGUGAGCAAGCGUUGGUGUGUGUUUAUCUGUACAUAAAUGAAAUCGUGGAUACAAAGCUCUGCAAUAGCUUCUGACCGAUAACUGGAGCGUUUUGUACUGCACCAUCCUGCCUCGGUGAUGCCAAUUUCUUGUGCAAUAAAAGACAAGCAGCUCUC